AUUCUUUGCUUUUUUUUUCUCACCUCCUAGCCUCUUCUUUCUUCUCCUGCAUUAAUAUAUUUAAAUACAACAUAUAUUUUUCAAAAAAAAAAAAAAGACUCUUAAUCUUUUCUUUUCUUUCUUUCUUGGAGAUAGAGAGAAUCAAAAUCUUAAAAAGAAAAAAAAAAGAGCUAGUGUGUGAAUAUAAUAAAUAAUAAAUGGAUGCAUUUGAUGAGGAGAGUGUGGAUUAUCUGUUCAAGACAGUGCUGGUAGGGGACUCUGGUGUGGGGAAGUCAAAUCUGCUCUCAAGGUUUGCCAAAGAUGAGUUUCACUUGGACUCAAAACCCACCAUUGGUGUGGAGUUUGCUUACAAGAAUGUUAGGGUAGGUGGUAAGGCCAUCAAGGCCCAAAUUUGGGACACUGCUGGCCAAGAGAGAUUCAGAGCGAUCACGAGUUCAUACUACCGGGGAGCACUAGGGGCGCUACUAGUCUACGACAUAACGCGUGGCGUAACCUUUGAGAACGUGCGAAAAUGGCUUAUGGAGCUGAGGCAAUUUGGGAGCCCGGAGAUGGUCGUCGUGUUGGUUGGCAACAAAUCCGACCUCGGAAAUCCAUCGUCAAGACAAGUGGAGACAGAAGACGGGAAAAGGUUGGCACAGUUAGAGGGCGUGUCUUUCCUAGAAACGUCUGCAAUGGAGAACGUAAACGUGGAAGAAGCAUUUCUGGAGAUGAUUACGAAGAUUCACGAGGUUGUGAGCCAGAAGAGGUUGGAGGUUGAGAUGAACACUCCAAGCAUUGCUCUUUUUGGACAAAAGGAGGUCAUCAACAUUGAUGGAAUUGCUGCAGCCAAACAGGCUCCUAAUUGUUGUGCAUACUGAAGAAGAAGAAAAAUGUUGUGUGUACAUUACUUUUGUAUGGCUUUAAUAGGCCGUGUUUGGCUUGCCUACUUGUUUUCUCGGGAAGGAUUUGGUGUAAUGUCAUUCGAAAAACUCUUAAAACAUCUCUUAUCGGAAAAGUAGAGAAAGAAUGACGGGUCUUGUUACAGUCACACCACGGAUGACAAUUACAGACAAUGAUUAUC